GUCUCCACUCCCACUCCCAGAUGUUGUGUGUGUGAGUGUUGUGUGUCCUGUGACCGAAACGGGAACGCUCCAAUUGGGCUUCCUUCCAUCACGGAGCACACUGCGCUAAUAUUUCAGUGGCUCCUCCAACAAGCCUGGCGUGAAUGCACCUGAUUCCUUUGAAAUGAGACUAACGAUGAGGCACAGACUAGAAUUCUAACCAGAAAAACAAAAAAAAGGACCAAAACUGUCUCAAGAGUGUCCAGGAGUGCAAGGAGAGGCUGGAUUGGUGUAGAUCACAGCCCUGUGAGAGGUGGGAGGAGGAGAGGGAGGGACUGACUGUUCAGAGAGCAUGAUGGAACUUCAGUCUCACACAUGCAUGCACACACACAAACUCCACAAGACUAAAAGACCACAGCCGAGACCUAGAGUGGACCUGUACAAGUGGUGACGAAGCGGAGCAAAGUCCGAGGAGGACGGACACGGCCAACUUUCCGGAAACAUUUGGAUAUUCAACGGACUCACCCGGCUUUAUCGGGACCUUGCCGGGCCCAACCUCCGCCAUGUCCCGGAGGAGGUCGACGGGCGACCUGGUUCCCUGGGACGUCACCGAAAUCGUCGGCCGCGAGGUGAAAGCUCAACGCGGCCACAGGAAGCCGGGAAGCUCCCUGGGACAGGCCAUCAGCUGGUUGAGGAGCAGCCAGAAGAGGAAGAAGAAGACGAAGAAGAAUGUCGAUAGUGGAGGGAAGCAGCUGGUUUUAGCUGAUGGACUUCAGACCCAGGACGCUGCAAAAGCUGCGACGAAGGCCAACGAUGAGCAGAAGAAGUUGGCAGUACAUUACUCGGCCUCGCAACACUUCCAGGAGAAUGUUUUCAUCGAGGGCAAUCGGCCCCAGUACCUGGAGGACUUGCACUCGGAAGCUCAAGAGGGCUUGAAAAUAUUACAGCGGGAAGGUCAGCAAGAGCACCAGAGCGGAGUGAACUUUGCUGAAGAUGAAAGCUGUGCUUCAUCAGCGCAUCCAGAAGAUGAUCUCGACUCCAAAGAUGAGGAGGGCUCUCUUGAGUCAAAAUCCAACUCGGGGAUUAGUGAUACCACAAGAACUUCUUCCACGAUGACCAGACCUGUGCUCACUCGUCAAAGUUCCACAUUCAAGCCUUUGUAUCCAGUGAAAAGGUUGGAAAAGAACAGGAAGAGGAACAGAAGGACGACCAUUAUGGGCAUUCCCAACCAGGUCCAGAAAGAACUCGCAUUGCACAGAGGCUCGACCUUCCAGCAAGUUGUUUCUGCGGAGCUACCCAAUGACAGCAGCCAGUCGGGUGUUUUCAUCAUUCCAACUGUGGACGGAGGGACUCCAGUGAUAACCAAGGAAGGAGCAAGGGUGCACCUGUCACAAGUGGAACAGGUAUCUGAUGAUAAGCAGCAGAUGAAAUCACAUCUUCAGGAUGUUUACAAGAAGGACCAAGCCUUCAACCACCACGGAUAUGGAACCCAUCACUAUCGGUCAUCUGUCAUCAGGCCCAAGUCUGUUGCGGUACCUGGAAUGACUACUUUUACUUCCUUCAACCCUUUAAGGAGUAGCUUCCUCUUAGAACCCCAGGGUCCAGUGAUGUCCGUAUCUCCUCAGGCUACCUACCUAUCUACAAUCAUACCAAACGCGGUGCUGCCAGCCUCGGUUGAAGUCAUUGAGAUUGACCGCGGCAGCCAACGAGGCAACAGCGUUCACCACGGUGGUGGUGCUCACACACUAAGCAAAAGCAGCCUGGCUUCUGUGGUUUCAUCAGGCAGCCCUUUUCUAUCCAGAAAAUCAGAGAGUGACGGCUCCCACGCCGAUAUUUCUUUGAAUAAUUCAACAACGCAGGGUACCGCACACAAAGUGGAUCUCAAUCUGCAGGGAAUCUCCAGCCUCCAGACUUCAGCGAAUCGCAUCAGUAAUAGUGAAAAUAUAGGACCGAACAUGGAUUCUGACCCUGCCGUACCAUGUACCAGUGGGGAUGAUGCAAAGAUCAAACGUAAUUCCACUCGAAGUCUCUCCAUUAUCAAGACCAAGCUACCCCCGGCACCUCCGCAAAGAUCAAAUUCGCUUCAUAACAAUAAGAUACGGACUGGUUCCAAAGGCCAGGCAGAGAGCAGAGAUGCAAAUGUCUCUGGUUCUCAAGGAGUAUCAAGUGCUACAGGAAGUAGAGCGACAACGGAGGAAUCACAAGUCACUGCAGAAACGAACAAGAUUCUGGAUCCUGUGUCAAACAUUGCAGAAUCCAACUCCCAUCCUUUAAGCCCCGCUCAGGUUUCUGCUCGCGGAGCAAAAAAAUCAGGAGAGUCUGUCUUGGAAUUGAACACUUCCUUUCCACAGAAAAAUCACUCCGAAUGUGAGAAAUUUGAACGGACCAUUUCCCCUUCCAGCGGCUACUCCAGUCAAAGUGGUACCCCAACACUUUCCCCAAAAGAGAUCACUCCAAUUUCUCCAGAUAAACACAAGACGAAACCGGUAAAGCCGGAGAGAUCUGGGUCUCGAGCGUCAUCCUCAGCCUCCCCAUCCUCAUCGCUGACCUCCCUAUCGUCCGGUACAUCCGAGCCUGUCAAUUUGGAUGUUUCGAAUUCUUGCACUCCUAAUUUGCCGCCGGCGUCUGCAAAAGAACUCACUUCGCCUUUGAGAAUGGAAGUCAGAGACCUGUGGAAUGUACCACCACCUCCCAAAAUCAAAGCGCCAUGUCCCCCUCCUCCUGAAACAUGGGCUCAAAAUAGUCACACCGUUGCACUCCUGUGUGGUCCGAGCCCCCAAAUCACCAAAGUAGUCACAGAAUCAACAAAAACUCGAGAAAAUGCAGAUAUGCAUGAAGGGAGCCCAACAGAAACCAGUGACUUGGGUUUUGAAAAACAAUCCCAGGACGAAACAGAAGCAUCGGAAAUAAAUUCAACAGACGACAAAUCGUCGUGCGACGUUGCCGGAGAUGCCCAUCGGGUUAAAGAAAAUACGGAACGUGCCGGUACAGAAGAAGAUACAUUUUCAGCUGAGGACAGGACUGAAAAAACAACAAAAACACAAGAACAAGAGAGCUGUCGCUGGACAAUGAAUGGCUCUGGCAGUUGUGACGUAUCCGCAAAAAAAGAACCACCUGUUCUGAAGAAACCACAACCGGGGGGGAAAACAACGUUGAUAGAGAGCCAACAAAGCGAUCGCUGCAACAGCGCCGCAACCUCUGUUGAUGACACUGAGGAUGAAGUGGACACGAGUGAAGUCCGAUCAAUACGAGCAAAUUCUACAGAUUCGCAAAGCAUUCACAUAAGCUCACCGCCACCUUCACCUCCACCUGCUUAUCAGCCUACGCCGCCUCUCUCAAGAAAGUCACCUCCGACCUCGGUGUCGACGUCACUCGAUGAGUUGGAAAGAGUCCAGGAGGAGAGCCGUGUUGCAGAAUCAUCUUGGCCACCUCCACCGCCUCCGUUAGAGGGAGACUCAGUCUUGGAUGGAGGGGAUGAGAUUGAAUUUCCUCUCCCGCCUCCACCUGACAUGGCUUACAAUAUUCCAGCUGAGGACAGUUGUGCCAGAGGGAUGGAAGCUUCAGACACACCAAUUCCUCCGUUAGAGGAAUUUGUCAAGACAAAUCAAGACUCCGGUGAAGCCGAGACAUCUGCACCCCCGGAUCCAGUUUUAGUUCAAACUGUAGUUUGCGACAACAAAGACGCUGAAAGUUCAGACGGACCAGUGCGGACUCUCUCGUCAGCUUUGCAAAGUCCUUCAUCUUCAACCAGCAAUGCUGCAGAAAUCCAACCGUCACUCUCCGCAACAGCUUCUGGCAGUUUCCUAAAGAGACGCUCUCUUGAGAUUGAAAGUCACCCUGCUACUGAAUCGCCCAGCACUUCACAACUCCCUACGCUGGUUAAAUCCCCUUUACCGAUGGAGAGCCUUACCACCGGGGUUGCCUUCAGAAGGCCUCCUGGUACUGCACAUCGAGACAACAGGAGCAAGGAGCUUCUCGCUCGCCACAAAAGCACGCCCAUUCCUAAAGAGGAUGCGAUCAUACCUCUCGUCACCCCCUCUUUACUUCACAUGGUCCGCCUCCGUACCGUCAGUACAACUGAGGACAGCGCGGAAGCGCUUUCUGAAGACAGCUCACCAAAAGAGGGAGCUCUCAUCGAGGAGAUUGGUCGAACCGCGACCGUGAGGCAGCAAAACACUCCGCCAAAGCCUACCCGUAAGUCACUGAAAUCUCCCCCUCAAGCGGUGAAAACGUACGUGACACCUAACACCCCUUCCAUGCGAUUACAAGAAGCCAUUCGCAUAAAAACUGCAGCACUCUCAUCAAGAGAAGGUCUUCCAUACCGACUGGGGAUGAGACCGUCCUACCACUGUGCGAGCGAACUAGGGAUAUUGUCCCACAAAUCAUCGGAAGCACAUGACACACAAAGGAUCCCAGCUUCUCCGGCAAGCUUCAUCUUCUCCAGGAGCACGAAGCAGGUUGUUAUUGAUACUGGUGCUACGCCAGAAGAUCGGGCGGGUGUGAAGCAAAGUUUAGCAGGCGAUCUCGUGCGGCCUUCUGACCAAACGAAUGCCGCCGUUUCCUCAAGCGGCGGGUUGAGGUCUGAACGGGUUCCGCCACCGGUCGCCAGGAAACCUUCGCAUGGCAGCAUCAGUUUUUCACAACACCGUCCAGCUUGUUCAGCUCGAAUGGAAACCGGUGCUUCUGCCGGAGAUGCUACAACAGCACAACAUUCCGAGGGAACGGCGCUUCCCGAGACAACUACAAGAGUGACCGCAGACACAAUUGAAACACUGUUCUGAAAGCGGUCUGUGUCAAACCAACCAAGAAGAGCCAAAAGAAAGCCUACAAGCAAGUUAACUGCAUAAAUGGGACUAUGAACUCACAUGAGUUGCAUUGAGUUAAAAAAAAAAAAAAAGCGCCUUAGCCUGAAAUGGCCUUCCACAUGUAUUUAUGCAAAU